AUGCAGGAUACGACCAUGACGACCCCGCCGCAGACCGAGCUGGUCACUCGACUGCAGGUCGACGACUCGGUGAUCGGCACCCACGAGAUCGACGAGUCCCUCUACAGCCGACAGCUCUAUGUACUAGGCCAUGAGGCUAUGAAGCGCAUGGGUGCUUCCAACGUGCUCAUUGUAGGCAUGAAGGGGCUCGGUGUCGAGAUCGCUAAGAAUAUUGCUCUUGCUGGCGUCAAGAGCCUCACUCUCUACGACCCUGCACCCGUCGCCAUCGCCGACCUCUCUGCCCAGUUCUUCCUUCACCCCGAGGAUGUCGGCAAACCUCGAGAUGCUGUCACAGCGCCCCGCGUCGCCGAACUCAACGCCUACACCCCCGUGACCGUUCACAAGUCGUCGAGCCUAGAUGGCGACCUCUCGCAGUUCGACAAGUACCAGGUCGUCGUGCUUACAAAUACCCCCCUUCACCAACAGCUGGCUAUCGGCGACUACUGCCACUCCAAGGGCAUCUUCGUGGUUUGCGCUGACACUUUCGGUCUUUUUGGCUCCAUCUUCUGCGACUUUGGUGAUAAGUUCACUUGCCUUGACCCAACCGGCGAGAACCCGCUGAACGGCAUCGUCGCCGACAUCGAUGAGGAAGGUCUUGUUUCGGCCCUGGACGAGACCCGCCACGGCCUCGAGGAUGGCGACUACGUUACUUUCACCGAGGUCGAAGGCAUGGAGAAGCUGAACAGCUCCGAGCCGCGAAAGAUUACUGUCAAGGGGCCUUACACCUUCUCGAUCGGCGACGUCUCGGGUCUUGGCCAAUAUAAGCGUGGCGGUCUCUACCAGCAGGUCAAGAUGCCCAAGUUCAUCGAUUUCAAGACUAUCUCUGCUGCGGUCAAGGAACCCGAAUUCCUCAUGUCCGACUUUGCCAAGUUUGACAGACCGGAGCAAUUACACGUUGGAUUCCAGGCCCUCCAUGCGUUCUCGCAAUCUCACGGGCGCCUGCCCCGUCCCAUGAACGACGAGGAUGCUACUGUUCUCGUUGUGUCUGCCAAGAAGUUUGUCGAGGCGGAGAAGCUUGAGAUUGAGAUCAACGAAAAGCUCAUCAAGGAGCUCAGUUAUCAGGCAGCUGGUGACCUUAACCCCAUGGCCGCCCUCUUUGGUGGCCUCACCGCUCAGGAGGUCUUGAAGGCCGUCUCGGGCAAGUUCAACCCCAUCAAGCAGUGGUUUUACUUCGACUCGCUAGAAUCGCUGCCUACUAGCACCAAGCGCUCUGAAGAACUGUGCAAGCCUAUUGGUUCCCGAUACGAUGGACAAAUUGCCGUUUUUGGAAAGGAGUACCAAGAGAAGUUGAGCAACAUUCAGCAGUUCCUUGUCGGUGCUGGUGCCAUUGGUUGUGAGAUGCUGAAGAAUUGGGCCAUGAUUGGUCUUGGCGUCGGACCCAAGGGCAAGAUCACCGUCACUGACAUGGACUCGAUCGAGAAGAGCAACCUGAACCGUCAGUUCCUCUUCCGACCCAAGAACGUUGGACAGAUGAAGAGUGACUGCGCUGCCCAGGCUGUGCAAGAGAUGAACCCCGACCUGGCUGGCCACAUCGUCACAUUGAAGGAUCGUGUCAGCCCAGAGACCGAGGAGAUCUUCAACGAGGACUUCUGGAACAGCCUGGACGGUGUCACCAACGCUUUGGACAACGUAGAGGCCAGAACUUAUGUCGACCGACGAUGCGUCUUCUUCCAGAAGCCCCUCUUGGAGAGCGGCACCCUUGGCACCAAGGGUAACACUCAAGUCGUUCUCCCCAAGCUGACCGAGUCAUAUUCCUCAUCCCAGGACCCCCCCGAGCAGUCAUUCCCGAUGUGCACUCUGCGAAGCUUCCCGAACAAGAUUGAGCACACCAUUGCCUGGGCUCGUGAGCUGUUUGAGACAUCGUUUGUCAAGUCGCCCGAAACCGCCAAUCUGUACCUGACUCAGCCCAACUACCUCGAGUCAACUUUGAAGCAGGGCGGCAACGAGAAGGCAACUCUAGAAACCAUCCGCGAUUACCUUGUCACGGACAAGCCCCUUAGUUUCGAAGACUGCAUCAUCUGGGCGCGUACAUUGUUCGAGAAGCAGUACAACAACGCCAUCCAGCAGUUGCUGUACAACUUCCCCAAGGACUCGACGUCUUCAUCAGGCCAGCCGUUCUGGUCGGGCCCGAAGCGAGCCCCUGACCCGUUGAAGUUUGACCCCAAGAACCCUACGCACUUCGGCUUCGUUGUGGCCGCUGCCAACCUACACGCCUUCAACUACAACAUCAACACCAAGGGCAUUGACAAGACGACAUAUGUCAAGGUUCUUGACAACAUGAUUGUCCCUGACUUCUCCCCUGACAGCAAUGUCAAGAUUCAGGAGAAGGAUACCGAUCCUGAUCCCAAUGCAAGCAGCUCCUUUGACGACGGUGCUGAACUCCAGAAGUUGGCAGACAGUUUGCCGGCCCCUAGUAAGAUGGCUGGUUUCAACCUUGUUCCCGUUGAGUUCGAGAAGGACGAUGACACCAACCACCACAUCGACUUCAUCACUGCCGCCAGCAACCUCCGUGCAGAGAACUACAAGAUCGAGCAAGCCGAUAGGCACAGAACCAAAUUCAUUGCUGGCAAGAUCAUCCCCGCUAUUGCUACGACUACCGCUUUGGUCACGGGCUUGGUGGUUCUGGAGCUCUACAAGAUCAUCGAUGGCAAGACAGACAUCGAGCAGUACAAGAAUGGUUUUAUCAACUUGGCGCUGCCGUUCUUCGGCUUCAGCGAGCCGAUUGCAAGCCCCAAGGUCGAAUACCAGGGCCCCAAUGGCAAGGUAACGCUUGACAAGAUUUGGGAUCGUUUCGAGGUCAACGACAUCACGCUGAAGGAGCUUAUUGCCGACUUUGAGAAGCGGGGCUUGAGCAUCACGAUGCUGAGCUCUGGUGUGAGCCUGCUGUAUGCGUCCUUCUUCCCCCCCGCCAAGCUCAAGGAGCGCAUGGAACUGCCCCUCAGCAAGCUUGUCGAGCUCGUCUCAAAGAAGCCGGUGCCCGAGCACCAGAAGGAUGUCAUUUUCGAGAUGGUGGCGGAGGACGCGAACGAGGAAGACGUGGAGGUCCCGUACAUCAAGUGCAAGGUGCGGUAA